UCAUUUUGUAGGAACUAACAACUUGUUAACUUUACAUAAUUUAGAUGUCAAGUAGAGGUGACAAAGGUAAGGGAAAAGUUGAUCCUACAAAAACAAAAAAGAAAAAACAACCUCUACCUUAUAGACGACCGACAUGUAUUCAUAUAUCUUAGGGUCGGUUUGCUGACGCACCAGCACGAUCCUCAUAUUCUAGGUCGACUAAGCAUUCGAUUCCUGCUGCUAUGUAUGUGGGGCCACUUCAUGGGUCUACACUGACUCAUUCUGCUUCUAUCACCGUGCCACCGUCAUCACAGUACUAUCGGAUGACCACUGACACAUCCGUACAUCUACCAUCGUCAGUACCCUCCUGUAGCAUUCACCCACGUUCGCACAGUGAUUCUGCUGGAUCUAUUAGGUUGUCAGAUCUUCAUCUUGGAGGUGCUCCAUCUAGUGCUUUAGAUUCGCCUACGCUAGUGCAUCUACCAGCACUUUCUCCGCGACUCAGAGACAGAGAUGAUUAUGGGAUGCGUUAUCUUAUUCCAUAUGGAAUAAGGUUUAGGCCGGAUGCUGGAGUUGGAAGUAAAUGCAUUUGUCAACACUUCAAGGACUACUGGACUAGUUGGCAAGAGGUUUCAGAAAAUGACAGAGAAAAUAUUAACUAAUUUCAUAAAUAUUACUGGUGGAAUGAAGUGAAUGAAUGUGCUAUAAGGAGGAAUUUUUAUAGAAGAGCUAGAUCCAGAUUUAACGGUCUGUUGGAUUAUGCCAGAACCAACAUGGUACGACCAGGGUUUAUACUCGAAUCCAUAUGACAACCGUUUAUUCACUAUUGGAAUAACGAAGAAUACCAAUUGUUGAGAGACAAAAGAAAGAAAGUCCGGGCAUCAUCCAAGGGUGGCUCUCUACAUACUGUGGGUGCAGUUAGUCUGAUUGUUGUGGAGGAAAAAAUG